AUGUCAAAUUAUGCUUCACUUUGUUUUGGAGAGGAAGGCGCAAGAUUAGAUCAAGCGUUUCAAUUGACUUUUCAGCACCAUGAAUCGGCAGCAACAGUACUUUUAAAAGGCGAUUCGGGAGUAGGAAAAUCGUACAUUGUAUCCCACUUAGCAGAAAUCUACAAGACAACAAUUCAUGUCGCUAUUCUUGGCGACUUGGCAGCAAAUUAUCGUGGACAAUUGAGUAAAGGCUUUAAGCGUUUAAUUUGGAAGGCCACCGCCACACCCGACCCAUGCCUCGUCUUGAUUGAAGACUUGGACUUAUUUUUUCCUCGCCAUGGCCAAGAUUCACAGGAUAUGGAACUGAUGGCCAUUUUGAACACAUUGUUGAAGGGGGACAAAAUUAUGGUGAUUGCAACGAGUCGACGACCCGAACACAUUGCUUUGAAUAUUCGCACUUUAUUCCAGGAUGAAAUUCAUUUACAAAUACCCACACCGGACGAGAGAUUUUAUAUGAUGAACCAUCUAUAUGAAAGCAAGUUCUUUGCACACAAUUUGUUAAAUGAAAAGGAUAUCAAGUUAUUGUCCUCUAGGGCACACGCGUUUGUAGCAGCGGAUAUUGCUCAAUGGUGUAGAUUAGCAGAGGAGGAUGCUUUAUGUCAAAAUUUGAAUACAGUGGGGAUUGCCAAUUUUGAUAAUACGUUUGAUGAUGUGAAAGUGAGCGGUUUACAAAGCUCAGCCAUGGCAGAAAAACCCGAUCCUGUUCGUUGGGUAGAUAUUGGUGGGUUAGUGGCUGCAAAGAAUGCAUUAGAGGAAUCAGCGGUUUGGGUUUAUAAACAUGCAGAUGCAUAUAAAAGGUUGGGUAUCCGUCCCUCCAAAGGUGUGUUGUUAUUUGGACCUCCAGGUACCGGUAAGACUUUGUUGGCAAAGGCCGUGGCGACCGAAUCAUCAGCCAAUUUCUUGCCUGUCAGUAUACCCGAUCUUAUUAAGGGCGAAGUAGGGGAGUCAGAAAAGGCUGUCUCAAGAAUAUUUCAAACAGCUAUACGUUGUAGUCCAUGUGUCAUAUUUUUGGAUGAAUUGGAAGCCAUCUUUUCUUCGAGAGAAAGCGCUGGUGAUGUUGGAAGAAAGCUCAUUUCACAAUUCUUGAUCGAAAUUGAUCAUUUGGAUAAGGUGGAUCAAAGUGUGAUUCUACUAGGUGCCACGAAUCAUCCUGAAUCUAUCGAUAGCUCUAUUUUACGACCUGGGAGAUUGGACCGGUUAGUGUAUGUGGGGGCUCCUAAUGUUGAUGAGCGAGUGCAGAUUCUUCAGGUAUUGAAGCUAAAGACGAAAUUAGAGUCUAAUGUGGAUUUAGAGGCUAUUGCAGUUAAAACGGAGGGUUACACAGGUGCGGAUCUUCAAGCCGUGAUUCGAAAAGCAGGACUUUUAUCGCUGAAACAAAAAUUACUAGAGAUUACACAGGAGAACAUCCUCAAGGCCAUCGAAUUAGUGAGUCCCUCAAUUUUAACAGAAGAAGGUGAUGACGAUAUGGAAGAAUAA